AUGGAAACCUAAAUUUUAAGAUAAUAUUUAAGUUCAAAUGAGACUUACUCAAAAACAGAAGAAAUUAAACUCAAGAUCUUAUAUUCUGAUAUGUGACAUUUUCAUUUUAAAUUCUAGUUAGUUUAUUAAAUAAGUUUAAAACUCAAUAACAACAAUUAUCAAAGAUCCAUUUGAAAGUCCAAACAUAAAGCUAAUGGCUUUAAAAGUAUAACUCCAUCAAAAAUUAGCUAAAUAAAGAGCUUGUGGAAACUUUCAAUAGCAAUUAUAUUUAUACCCUCUAAAAAACAUUAUUGCCUGUACUUGAAGAAAUAGCAUAAUAUAAAUAUACAUCAGAUGAUCCAGAUAGAGGAGUCAGUUAUUUUUUAAAUGGUGAAAGUCCAAAUUAAGGUUUAUAUUAUAAUCAAAAUAAUGUUAGAUAAUAGAGAUUUACAAAUUACUGGAGAAUAAUUUGUAAGAGUUGUAUUAGAAUGUAUAAGAGUUUGGAGUAGAUGGUUUCCUCUAGAUUAUCAAUCAUAUUAUUUAAGUUCUUUUAAGAUUACCUAUGAAAAGUUAGUAAAAUUGGGAGUUAAGUUUCCUAAGAUCAUUUAUUUUGAUAGCAUUGAAUAGCAUAUACCUAAUUAAUUAAUACCUUUAUCAAUGAUUAUUUAAUUAAGAGAACUACUCAAAAACUAAUUUAAUAUCUCAACUAAAUAAAUUAGAAAUUAUCUAGCUAUGAAUCCUGCUCAUUUUUUUUAUCAACAUAAAUAUAAUACUUUUGGAGAUUUUUUUCAUUAGAUUAAAAAUAAAAAUCCUAUUCAAAAGAAAAAGGUCUUAAGAAAGGCAACUUUUCUAUUAGAGAAAGAAUUUGAAAAUCUGGAGACUUUGAAAAAGGAUCCCUAAUAUAACCCUAUUUCAUAAGAGACUUUGUAAAUUGAAAAUCUUUGUUUACAAAAUUUAUAUAAUGCUUUUUCUAUAAAAGUUCCAGAUCUUCAAACUUAAGUUAUCUAAUUAUAAAAUAAAGUGGCUAGUUUAGAAAAACAACUUUUAGAUAAAGAAUAAAAAAUAAAUUAAUUGUAAAAUGAAUUAUAACAAUUAUAAAAAUAGUUUUCGAUCAAUAUUAAUUAAUUUUUAACAUCCAACAAUUUAUCAAAUAGUGAAUUAUUUGAAACAGAUGUAAAUUAAUUCUUAUAAUUAGAUUACAAAAUUAAAAUUACAUUAUGGAAUUUAUGAUUAAACUUAUGAAAUAGAAAAAUUAAAAUCUCUUGUUUAUAAGUCUGACUUUAAAAUAGAAGAACUAACUGAUGAAUUAAAUUAAACUAUUAGAAAAAAGAAUUAACUUUUUGAAGAAAAUAAAACUCUAAAUUAAACAAUAUUAGUUUUAGAAAGAAGACUUUUAUAAAAUACUAAGCAGCCUUUAAAAUCUCUAUCAACAUAACAAUGUUUAAGUGAAUAUAGACAAAAUACUAUGACAAAUAUAAGCUAAACAGGUACAAUUGUAUAAAAAAAAUAAAAGAGUUCAGAAUUUUAAAACACUUUAUUUUUAUCAUUAAGACAAUAACUAUUAGGUUAAUAAUUAUAUAUUAAGACAUUAUAAAGCCAAUUAAUUAAGUUUGAUAAAUUUUUAUUACACUCUGGUCAUACUAAUUCUAUACUCUCUUAUCAUACUGCAUCAACUUAAUAUAAAGGUAGAAUUUGUAUCUAAAUUUUUAGUUCCUAUGUUCUCUCCAUUAUCUAUUUCUUAACCUAAAUCAAGAGGAUCAAAAGAAAUCACUUCUCCGUUUGUAGAUUAUGAUGGCAAGAUAUUUGCUAUUAUUCCUGAUGCCUUUACAGUCAAAUUUAGAUAAUCAUGCUUACUUAAAAAAACAAUAUUAUACUCUGAUGAUAAUCUUUAAAUUGGAGUUCAAACUAAUUUAUAAACAAAUUAAUAGCUAUUAAUUAAUUUAAUCUUACACAAUAGAACCUAAGAGUAGAUAUAUAAUUGUUGUAUUACAUAUUAAAAAAAUAAGAAUCUAUCAUUUUAGAUUAAUCCUCUUAAUAUUCAAUAAUCCAUAAAAGGAAAUGAAUAAGUAUCCUAAAAAGUAUUUAUUUAAUUUGAAUAAAUUCCUUAUUAAUUAUUAGAAUUUUAAAUAAAGUAUACAAAAUAAUAAUAAGAGUAUAACAUAAAUAUUUGUCUUCCUUGCACAAUAAAUAAAUUUUUCACUUUUUUAGAUGUUCCAUAAGAAACUCCAAAAUCAUAUUUUUAUAAUAGUAAACUCUUUCAAACAAGCUUUUAAAAUCAAAUUGGAUAAUUACUUCCUGAAUUCUAAAUUAAUUAAAUUAAUGAACAGAUUGUUGAAGCUUUAGCAAGAAUAUAAAUUGAAAAAUCAAUAUUUUUAAUAUCAAUCUCAUCUAAAAAUCAUUAAAUGUAAAUUAAAUUGAAUGGAAAUUAUUAAGAUAAGUUAGUGGAAUGUAUAGUAUCAACCUACUAAGGGUUGUUUAUGAAGCGAUGA